AUGCCGCUCUGUCUCACCUUCAUCGACUUGAAGAAGGCCUUCGACUCAGUUGAGAUGGAAAGCGGUCGUGGAAGCCUUGCCACCCUCGAGAACGCAAUACGAAAGUUGGAAUGGGACGACAUGGGAGUGAAGGUUGAUGGUCGACAGCUACACCAUUUGCGCUUUGCUGAUGACGUCGUACUGGUAACACCUAGUAUCAGCCAAGCGGAACGAAUGCUGACCGAAUUCGACGAAACAUGUGGAUGCAUCGGUCUUCAGCUGAAUCUACAAAAGACGAUGUUCAUGCGGAACGGAUGGGUCUCAGAUGCCCCGUUCACGCUCAACGGAACGAACAUAUCCGAAUGCACCAGCUACGCUUAUCUGUGUCGGGAACUGAACAUGAUGAAGGACUUGACCCCCGAGCUGGGCAGGAGGAGACGAGCGGCUUGGGGAGCGUACAAGAGCAUCGAGGAUGUAAUGAAGAAGACCAGGAACACCUUGCUCCGUGCUCACCUCUUCAACACCACCGUACUUCCUGCUUUGACCUAUGCUUCGGAAACCUGGGCAUUUCGCAAGCAGGAAGAAAACGCGAAAGGCUUUCUAGUCGGCAAACCGGACUAUUACAUCGUGCAGAAGCAACCAGUUCCGCUAGACUCAUGUGCUUUCUGUGACGCAACAUCGAAUGACUCGAAUAGCUCAAGUGCUUCUUCUCGCAGCUUCUGCUCAAAGGAGAUGGAGAGAAAGGAAAAGAUACGGAAACGGACCGCAAAAAGUGAAGCGAUACCAGGAAAAGCAAAGAAAAGACAUGAAAUGAAUCUCAAUGUGCGCAGGCGUCACCGUACCAUGACAUUACUGCAACGACACAAGAAACAUCAAGCAACCGUUACGUUCAAUCAGGACCACCUGCUGAUAUUGCGCAAAAGAGGGUCAGGUGCCAUCGUCCCUGCGCACAAACACCGGCGAAUAAGUAUAGCCAGUAAGGGAAUGUUGGAAUUAGAGCUGAGAAUUGUCUUAGCACAAGGAUAA